AUGAAAGUCUCGCUCGCUCUGCUCACCUGCCUGACGGCGGCGGCUCGGGCCCAUUUCGCCAUCCGGCCCACCCCGCCUCCUCUCAAGGCCGACGAUGUAGACGGGCUUCUCUCCAAGCGCGCGCUCGGCAGCUUCGAGCAGCUCAUCGACCACAAUCAUCCGGAACUGGGCACCUUUCAACAGCGGUACUGGUGGAACAGCACUUUCUGGAAGGGACCUGGCUCUCCGAUUGUCCUCUUUACCCCCGGUGAACAGGAGGCGGAGGCAUACACCGGAUACCUGACGGACCGCGCUAUCUCGGGCGCCAUUGCCAAGGAAAUUGGCGGCGCCGUUGUCAUGGUUGAGCACCGCAACUGGGGCACCUCUCUGCCGUACGCCCUCCAGGACACCAAGAACCUCCAGCAACACACCGUGUCAAACGCCGUCCAGGAUUUCGUCUACUUCGCUCGCAACGUCGAGCUGCCCUUCGACACCAACACCAGCAGCAACGCCCCCCAGGCCCCGUGGGUGUUUACCGGCGGUUCCUACGCCGGCUACUUGGCCGCCGCCAUUGCCAAGCUGGCCCCGGGAACGUUCUGGGCCUACCACGCCAGCAGCGCUCCCGUCGAGGCCGUCUACCACUACUGGUCCUACUUCCUCCCGAUGCAGGAGGGCAUGCCCAAGAACUGCAGCCGCGACUUCGAACGCAUCAUUGACCACGUUGACACCGUCUUGAACAACGGCACCAAGGACGAGAUUUACGCCCUCAAGGAGAAGUUCCUCAUGCAGGACCUCGCCCACGACGAUGACUUUGCCUCCGCCCUGUCUUCGCAUCUGGGUUCUAAUUGGCAAUCCAUCCAGCAGUACUCGGGCUACUCGGAUUUCUACGAAAUGUGCGACACGGUCGAGGGCGUCGCCGGCAACGUCACCGGUAACUCCACUGCCCCCGGCCCCGACGGUGUCGGCCUGUCCAAGGCCCUCGACAACUUCGCCGCGUGGUGGCGCGCCAAUAUGAUUACAGAUGUUUGCGCGUCCUACGGAUAUGAAGAUUGGCAAGACCCCACGAGCUUGGCCUGCUGGGACACGUACAACGCGACGAGCCCCGCCUACACUGACUGGACCGCCGGAAACAACUUUGGCCGCGCUUGGUACUGGAUGUUGUGCAACGAGCCCUUGUUCUACUGGCAGACUGGUGCUCCCGAGGACCGCCCGACCAUCGUCUCGCGCCUCACCACGCCCGAGUACUACCAGCGCCAGUGUGACCUCUUCUUCCCGAAGCAGGGAGAGUACACUUACGCCUCCAACCUCGGCAAGACCGCAGAUGACGUGAACAAGCAAACCGGCGGAUGGGAUUUCACCAACACCACUCGCCUGAUCUGGUCGAACGGCGAGUUCGACCCUUGGCGCUCCGCCUCCGUGUCCAGCGAGCUCCGCCCCGGCGGUCCCCUCCAGUCACGCCCCGGCGCGCCAGUGAACCUCAUCCCCGGCUCGCGCCACUGCAACGACCUUCUCAUCAAGAACGCUGAGGUCAACGCGGACGUGAAAGCCGCGCUCACGUCCAUGGUUGCCCAGCUCAAGACCUGGGUCGACGAGUUCUACAACGGCAAGGCGACGCAGAAGCGCCGUAUCGCCGCGACGCCUAGCUAG